AUGUCCUAUCGUAUUUUUGUUCCCUAUUGGUAGCGGUGUAACUUGUACAGUUUCGUUUUUUUUAUUUCCUAGUCUUUUCUUUCCCAUAAUAUUUUAUAUAUUUUUCGGAAUGUUUACAUGUAGAAAUGUUAGGCAGUGUUACGGGCUCGACUUUGAUUGGAUAAAAGUUAAAUAUCUCUGAUUUAUUUCGGUGGAAAGCUCGUUAGCCUGACGUCCAAUGUGAUGACUUGGGAAGAUGUUUGUCUUUUCAAACCUGAUGUUUUGUGUUUCUCGUAAUCAAUCUGCAGUCGGUCUGCUGUAGUUAGAUGCUGAAAACGUCCAGUAAACAUGGACCGGGACAGGAGUAGAGGUGGCCGGAGCUGGGACUGGGCCAGCCCGCAGAACCGAGCCCAGAUGGAUGAGAUAUUUUUCCGUGAACAGGACUACAUCCAGACUGGCUCCACUGAACAUAAAGAGUUCUGGGCUUUCUUUGACCGUUUCCAGAGAUUCAAAGCAAAGCGGGAAAUGUCUGGGUCUGGAAUAAGAGAUGAUGUCAAAGAAAAGAAAAGGUCAGGUUCUGAAAAAGUGGAUUUGGGGCUUCCUAAAGAGUAUGACGCUCGGUACCGGAUUAACGUGUCCGUGUGCACCGGGGACAUCGAGAAGCGACUGGGGAAAUCCGAUCCCAGGAGCAGGCAGAGAUCCUCGGGACCAGGUCCGCAGGAGGUCUCGGACUGCCGCCUGGCUCUGCUGCACUUCCUGGACUUCAGCCAGAAACAGAGCUUUGGGAAACUGGCCAAGCUCCGCCGGGAGCAGAAGAACCUGCCUAUCUUUCAGUACCGAGAUCGGAUCGUGGAGCUGGUGCGGCUUCACCCGGUGAUUGUGGUGGCCGGGGACACAGGCUGCGGGAAAUCCACCCAGGUGCCCCAGUAUCUACUCUCGGCUGGCUUCAGCCACAUCGCCUGCACCCAGCCCCGCCGGAUCGCCUGCAUUUCCCUCGCAAAGAGAGUCAGCUUUGAGAGCCUCAAUCAGUACGGAUCCAAGGUUGGAUAUCAGAUUCGCUUUGAGACUUCUCGGACGGCGGCCACCAGGCUGCUCUUCCUGACCGAGGGGCUCCUGCUGCGACAGAUCCAGCAGGACAAGAUCCUGGAUCAGUACCAGGUGGUCAUCGUGGAUGAGGUCCACGAGAGACAUCUCCACUGCGACUUCCUCCUCGGCGUCCUGCGCUCCCUGCUGGCCGAUCGGCCGGACCUCCGUCUCAUCCUCAUGUCAGCCACCAUCAACAUCAAGCUCUUCUCUGAAUACUUCCGCAGCGCCCCGGUGCUGCAGGUACCAGGCAGGCUGUUUCCCAUUCAGGUCAUCUACCAGCCCAUCCCCCCGGAGGAGCAGCCCUCUCGCUCAGAGAAGCUGGACCCCAGGCCGUACCUGCGCAUCCUGCAGGGCAUCGAUCAGCGCUACCCUCCAGAGGAGCGAGGGGACCUGCUCCUCUUCCUCAGCGGCGUGGCGGAGAUCUCCAACAUCCAGGAGGCCUGUCAGGUUUACGCCACACACACCCGGCGCUGGAUCAUCCUGCCGCUGCACAGCACCCUCUCUCUCGCUCAGCAGGACAAGGUGUUUGACGUCGCUCCUCCCGGUGUAAGAAAAUGCAUCAUCUCCACCAACAUCGCUGAAACCUCGGUUACGAUAGAUGGAGUCCGGUUUGUUGUGGAUUCAGGAAAGGUGAAGGAGAUGAGCUUCGACCCAAAGGCUAAGAUGCAGCGCCUGCAGGAGUUCUGGAUCAGCCGAGCCAGCUCCGAGCAGAGGAAAGGUCGAGCUGGUCGCACAGGUCCUGGUGUUUGCUACCGCCUCUAUGCGGAGUCAGACUACAACGCCUUCGCUCCGUAUCCUGUCCCUGAAAUCCACAGAGUGGCUCUGGACUCCUUGGUGCUGCAGAUGAAAAGUAUGGAUCUGGGAGAUCCGCUUUCUUUUGUCUUCAUUGAUCCUCCUCCAACGGCCAGUAUCCAGACUGCAGUUACAUACCUGAAGGAGCAGGGGGCGCUAGACAGUCAUGGUGAACUAACCUCCAUUGGUAAACUGUUGGCUCAGCUGCCUGUUGAUGUUGUUAUAGGCAAGAUGCUGGUUCUUGGUUCUCUGUUUAACUUGGUGGAGCCCGUGCUGACCAUUGCAGCUGCCCUCAGUGUCCAGUCACCGUUCCUGCGCAGCUCGCAGCAGAACCCGGACUGCAAAACGUCCUGCCAGCCCCUGUACAGCAACCAGGGAGACCCCUUUACCCUGCUCAACACCUUCAACGCCUGGGUGGAGGUAAAAGGAGAGCGAGGCGGCGGCUCCAGGAAGUGGUGCAGGAGGAGAGGCCUGGAGGAACAGCGGCUUUAUGAGAUGGUCAACCUGCGCAGACAGUUCAAGAACUUGCUGAGGAGCCAUGGCCUUCUGGAGACAGAGGACACAGCUCCAUCUAGUGGCGACCGCGAGCAGCGCAGGGAGAGGUUCACGGAGAGGAAGAAGCUGCAUCAGCUGAAAAGAGACCAUGAGCAGCAGGAGGGGACCAAACGUAAAGUCCUGCGGCUGGAGGAGGGCCAAGACGGAGAGUUUUCUUCAGGAUCGGACUCUGAAGUCAGAGGCAGAGGCAGGAAGUCCAAGGAGGGACAGGGACAGGAGGUGGACAUCCAGGAAGUGAAGUUUAAAUUACGCCACAACGUCUCAGAGCUGCAGGAGGCCGUCGGCGCCAGUCAGGACUUGUCGUCGCGGCACCAAGCUUUGCUCAAGCUGCUGCUCUGCCGAGGACUCUACCCUCAGCUGGCGCUCCCUGACGAGCACAACACCACCCGGAAAGACUCGGAUCAGGUGUUCCACACGAGGAGCAAGCAGGGCGUGGUGAUGCACCCGACCAGUGUGUUCGCCAGCGACCCGGAGGUGCUGCAUGUUCCCGAGGACGACCCCAGAGAAACAGGACCGGACAGGAGGGAAAGCAGCAAACAUCAGCUGCUGGCCUUCGUCACGCUGCUGGAAACCAACAAGCCGUAUUUGUCCAACUGCGUCCGGGUUCCAGCCCUGCAGGCUCUGCUGCUGGUGGCCAACUCGGUGGACACAAACGCCGACUGCACGCGACUGGUGAUGGACGGCUGGCUGGAGCUGGAGGUCCGGGAGCCCGAGGAGGCUCUGAGGGUCCUCUCAACGGCCCUCAGUCUCAGGUCUGAGUGGGAGCGUUUGCUGAAGGCUCAGCUGGGAGAGAGCGCCACCUCUGGACAGGGAGUGUCCCGCAGAGACAUGGAGAAGCUGAGCGACGGCCUCGUCCGCUUCCUGCUCUACACAGAGGUCAGUUACAGCUUCCAGCGACUCACGGCUCUCCAGACACAGAACCUGUACGUCGGACCUCAGGCCGACCCGGACUCGGUUUGCGUGGAGCUUCCGGAUCUGAGCCUGUUGUUUCCAGGAGCAGAAGCCAAACCGGAUCCAAUUAAAGGAGGCCUGAGAGUGACCAGCUUCUUCACCUACAAUUGUCUCGCUGAUUCGAAGGAUCUCUACAGUGAGUGUUUGCGGACCUUCUGGAGCUGCCCUAACUGUGACCUCUACAUGCCUCUGACUCCUCUGGAGCGGAUGCAUCACGAAGUUUCCUGCAGGCCCGCCGGAGAGCGGCAGGAGGCAGAAGAAGAAUCGGGAGACGGAAAGCCCGGCUCAUCUGGAAAGUCGAGUCUGAUGAGGGUCUAUCACUGCGACGUCUGUGAUGAGGAUCUGAAGCUCACAUCCACGGAGAUCCUCAAACAUAAAAGGCAGCACAUGUUUUCAGCAAAGUGACUGUAAAAUCUCCAAACCUUUACAGGCAUUUUUGGUCUAAUUUCAGGUGUAAAAAUCUUAAGUCACUUGAAAUAAGACAAAACAAGUAACUUUUCAGCACAAUAUAAUUUGGUCAGUAAUUCUUGAAUCUUCACUCAUAACAUGUGGAAAAUGUCUUGUUAUAAGUGGAAACAAAUCUUCAUUUUAUCAGUAUUAAGAAUUUAUUGACCUUAAAACAGCUCCUUUAUCUUGCUGAAAAGUUACUUGUAAGUUAAUUUUGUUUUAUUUCAGGUGUGUGAAGAUGUUUGCUCAAGAAAGUAGACCAAAAAUAUUUUUGUAAUUUUGCAAAAGGAUUUCUUCUCCCUUGGACUUUUGAUCCUGUUAAUCUCCGUUUACAGUCGUAGGUAUUACUUUCUCCAUUCGGAAAAAAAUUUGUUCCAAUAUUAUUGCAACCAAAAAACGCGUUUCAAAAAUGAAACUUUGAAAAGUCUCUCAGUAAAAAAUAAGUUUUGAGAGUAAUUUACUAUUUGUAUGCAACAAUUGGACCUGCGUUUAUAUAUAUUUUUUUAAAUUUUGUGAAUCUAAAAAUGUCUUUAGAAAAUAAAAUAAAAUCUAAAACAAUUAUCUGAACCAAUAAAUUUAGGAAAAAUAAAAUAUUUGAAAAUAAUUUGAAAAAAACAAUUUUAAUCUGAAAAAAAAACAUCAAUCUAGGUUCAUCUACUGCAUUUACAUUGUAAAUUACACCAGAACAUAUUUUUUUGAUUGAGAAGUUUCAUUUUUGAAAUACAUAUUUUUCAUAUUUCAAUUUUUGAAAGGUGUUAUUAUUUGCUUAUUAAAUUUUUGGGUCAAAUUUCUCUCCGUAUCUCCAUGGAUCUGCAAAGAUACAAAAGAAAACCUCUGCAGAGAGAACAAUAAAUAUCCCAUUAUCGUUCUGGAUUGAACAUAAAUCUUGGCACUUCAGUGAAA